AUGACAGAGACUAGAUCUUCUAUUAGAAACCUGGAAACACAAGUAGGGCAGUUGGCUAAUAUGCUUAAUAACAGACCGCAGGGAAAUUUGCCUAGUAAUACUAAAGUCAACCCUAAGGAGCAAGUUCAGGCAAUUACUCUGAGGAAUGGGAAGCAAAUUGAGCAGCCUAGAUCUCCACAGGCAGUGGUUCAGAAUAGAGAGAAGGGUGAACAGUCUGAUCCAGCAGAGGUUACUAAAGACCACCAGCUUUCAAAAAAGAGUCCGCCAGUUGUUGAUGAGCAGCCAGUUCGAGCCAUGAAGUAUCCAGUGGCUAGUGACAAUUGCUAUAGUGUGGAUGUGAUAGAGAAGGCAGUCUCGAAAAGAAGGAUGAAUAGUGAUGCCUUAGAGGCAAUAUUAUUAGGUGAUGAGGAUGACGAUGAUGAUGCUGAGAUAAGAGAUUAUGUAAACUGGAAUAAUUCCUUCCUACCAUACUGGAAGAAGUUUCAAGAAUUAGCAGACGCACCUGAUAAACCGCUAACAUCCAUUCAGCAACCACCGCAGCUGGAAUUGAAGGCUCUUCCAGAUCAUUUACGGUGUAUUCCUGAAGAAGAGAUGCAGUCAAUUCUCAACCAUUGUCACAUUCAACAAUGUGGUGGGCACUUUGAUGCAUCCAGAACGGCAGCCAAGGUAUUACAAAGUGGUUUCUAUUGGCCUUCAUUAUUCAAGGAUGUUAAUGCUUUUGUCAAGGCCUAUGAUAGAUGUCAGCGAACUGGUAAUAUCUCGAGGAGAAAUGAAAUGCCUUUACAGGGAAUUCUUGAAGUGGAACUUUUUGAUGCUGCAGCAAUUAGAGCCAAUGACGCCAGUGAACGAAGGUCAUUGCAACUGAAUGAACUUGAUGAGUUCAGAAAUGAGGCUUAUGAAAACACUAAGAUUUAUAAAGAGAGAACAAAGGCUUGGCAUUACAAGAACUUAGUCAGGAAAGAGUUCCAACCAGGGCAGAAGGUACUUCUUUUUAAUUCAAGAUUGAGACUUUUUCCUGGCAAAUUGAAGUCAAGAUGGUCAGGACCAUUCACUAUUGUUCGGGUCUUUCCAUAUGGUUUUGUGGAAGUUCAGGGCAACUCAGGUGAUUCUUUUAAGGUCAAUGGAGAUUGA